AACGCAGGAGGACAGGCUCAAUGGCUCCUACUCAAAUUCUCUACGUGCUCCUUCAGCUAUGCCUGCUGUGUAAUGCACAGUACUCUCUGAUUCUGUUCCCACCGAAUCCUGUGGUGUCUCUUGGUGGGUCAGUUGCAUUAAACUGUUCCAUUAAUUGCCCUGGAGGUAAAACAACAUGGAAGGGACUUGACACCAACCUAGGUGGCCUGUACACUGCUCCUGGUUAUAGUGUCUUGCACAUCAGUAAUGCCACAAUUUCCAUGGAUGGGGUGUAUAUCUGUGUGGGAAAUUGCCCUGGGAAAAGAAAUACUCUUCAAGGAUCUCUCAAUCUGCAGGUUUAUGCUCUCCCAGAAACACUGCUCAUAACUGCUCACCCUAAUGAAGCACCCCGUGUCCUGCGCUGCUCUAUGCAAGAAGUGUACCCACCUGCACCCAUCAGUAUGAGCUGGUAUCGAGGGUCUGAUAAGCUGGAGGUCCCUGACAAUUGUGAGGAAGAGCUGCAGGGAGAUGAAGGAGGCUUUAUAACUCACACCUGCAGUUUGGAGAUCCCCCAUGAAGAGGGAUUGGUACCAGGGAUUAUUUACAGAUGUGAAGCAGAACUGAUCACGGAGGACCAAGUGUUUAAAAGAGUAGGGACCUUUCAGCUACCAGAAACAGGAGGAAGUAAUGAAUAUUUCACAAAUUCUGUCAUGACCCCAAAAGCUGAAUUUCUCACCAGCAAAGAAAUUCCAAAUAUCAUGAUAAACACCACAGUAUCUGAAGAGGGACCAAAAGCUACAUACACCAUGGAGCAAAGCCCAACUUUGGAUAGCAAUGUGGUACCUGUCACAUUGUCAGUCAUAAACAGUAACUCCACCAAUCAGAGUGGGGCCAUCACUUUUACAGAAGAAAAAUCAGCUAGGCAAGCUGUCAGUGAGGGGUCCACACCUCUACCAACUGAAGAUCUCAUGACUAAUCCAAAUGUAUCUCUCAAGCAGGGUUCAAUAUUACUUCCAAUUAUAAAGAAAGGAACCACCCCCAGUGUAUUCCUCAGUAAAGAACACCCAACAUUGGCAAUUCCACAUGGAGGAAGUACUCAAAAUAAAUCUGACAGCAGAGAACACAGUGCAUUGCCAUACACACUCCAAGGGACCACCUCCUAUGUAUCUGCCAGAAAGGACCCAACAUCAUUGCCAACUACAAACCAAGAGGCCACUUCAGACAUAGCCAUCAAAAAGGUUUCAACAUUGUUUUUCCCUACCUAUAAAGGACAUUCUCCAAAUGUUAUUACCACAGAGGGCCCCACAACACAGCUGGCUAUCUUAAUCAAAUCACUUGUUCCUUCUGCAAAGGCUAAACCUACAUUCAUACCGAGAAUUACCCUGGCGCUGGUGGGAACAUUGAUCUCUUUGAUGAGCUUUAGCGGAUGCUUCCUGCAUCUUUGGAGACGGCUACGUCAGAAAGGGUCAUUUCAGCUUGAAAAUCCAUAAAAAAGGGAGACUGAUAUACUUUUAAUAUUUGUGAAUAUUUUUUUACAUUUCCUCAGGAAGUUGGGAGAAGGGUGUUACAUGCUUUGCAAAAUUCCCUGCACUCAGCAAUAUUUUCAGUUUAAAUGACUGAACUUUUAACCACCUACUUAGACAUUUUUUACAGAAAGUUCUGUCAUAUACAGAAAUGAUAUUGAUUAUCAAUAGAAACAUUCUUAUGCAGAAAAAUAAUUUAUUGCAAAGCCCAUUUUUAUUAAAGGGACACUGAACCCAACUUUUUUCUUUUGUGAUUCAGAAAGAGCAUGCAAUUUUAAGCAACUUUCUAAUUUACUCCUAAUAUCAAUUUUUCUUCAUUCUCUUGCUAUCUUUAUUUGAAAAAGAAGGCAUCUAAGCUUUUUUAUUGGUUCAGAACUCAACACAGCACUUUUUUUUUUAUUGGUGGAUGAAUUUAUCCACCAAUCUGCAAGGACAACCCAGGUUGUUCACCAAAAAUGGGCCGGCAUCUAAACUUACAUUCUUGCAUUUCAAAUAAAAAUACCAAGAGAAUAAAGAAGAUUUGAAAUUAGAAAGUUGCUUAAAAUGUCAUGCUUUAUCUGAAUCACGGAAGAAAAAAUUUGGGUUCAGUGUCCCUUUAACUGUGACUUGCUAUGUGCAUUUAAACUGAUUAAUGGUACAAACCUUAAUAAAUAAAACAAAAUGAAGAAAACAUUAUUCUACCUCGCCGAGUUAAAAUGCUUUAUCUUGUACUUUGCCAAACAGGAAAAUUUCUUACAGAGAAGAGAGCAGGAAUAUUAUAUACAAGACUUCAUAAAGUUUUUUGUUUUUUUUAAACGUGUGUCACUGUAUCUCAUAUAGCAUGACAAAUAGGAAGUGUAUCUCAGGGUUUAUGUGACAUCCUACAAAAUAAUGUAUAAUACUGUUGAUUAUUGACUGUUUGUUGUAAAUAUGUUCCAGAUAUGAUUUACUAUAGGUAACUAUCCACUUUAUAUAAUGUAGCCUAUUUUAAUAAAAAAAAUGAGUGAUUAAAGGGACAUUCCAGCCAAAAUUGGAAUCCACAUGGGUGCACUUCAGUUUUGAAAAGAAGCAGUUUUCUAAUAUACACAUAUUAGCAAAAAUGCUUCUAAUAAAAGCUAUUGCUGUUUCAAAAGUGAAUUUAAAUGGACAGUCUACACCAGUAUUUUAUUGUUUUAAAAGAUAGCUAAUCCCUUUAUUACCCAUUCCCCAGUUUUGCAUAACCAACACAGUUAUAUUAAUAUACUUUAACCUCUGUGAUUAUCUUGUACCUAAGCCUCUGCAAACUGCCCCUUUAUUUCAGUUAUUUCAGUUAUUUCAACAGAUUUGCAGUUUAGCCAAUCAGUGCCUGCUCCCAGAUAACUUCACGUGCACGAGCACAGUGUUAUCUAUAUGAAAUACGUGAACUAACACCCUCUAGUGGUGAAAAACUGUUAAAAUGCAUUCUGAAAAGAGGUGGCCUUCAAGGUCUAAGAAAUUAGCAUAUGAACCUCCUAGGUUAAGCGUUCAACUAAGAAUACCAAGAGAACAAAGCAAAAUUGGUGAUAAAAGUAAAUUGGAAAAUUGUUUAAAAUGACAUGUUCUAUCUGAAUCAUGAAAGUUUAUUUUGGCCUAGACUGUCCCUUUAAGUAUGCACCGUGCACCAGCAUUUUAAACAUAGCUCUUACUCAGAGAUAGCCUAAGAUUCUUGUACCAUCUGGUAGUGGCUCAAUUUGUUAAUUGCAGAUAUGAUACAAGACCCACUGGUGCUCUGAGCAGCUGCAGUAUUUAAAAUGCUUGUGCACUGAGAAUAUCUAGCUAUGCUUCACAUACACGUGCAGAGAAAAAUGUUAACACUAAAACAGUGAUAACUUAUACUAGAAGCAAUAUACAUGUAUAUUCAAAGAUGUAAUUCAACCAUGUGCAUUUAAAUUUUGACCAGAAUGUCCCUUUAAGUACCUGGUAAUACAGAAUAUUAUGGUAACCGUUCCUAUCCAUCAGAAUUACUGUUCCAGUGUGAAAACUGCUUGGGUGAUUUUUUUUUUUACCUUUCUUUCAAACCAAAGGAAGAGAUCUGCAUUAGUAAAACCUUUCAAAUUAACAUAAACAUUUAAACACAUAAAAAAUAUAUAAUGGGAUACACCAUGGGAUUUUCAGUAGUAUGAUCACCAUUAUUUACAAAGAAACAAGAGGUAUGCAGCCAAAAGAAAAGUAAAACACAUCAGCUAAUAAUGCUAAUGCUGAUAAUGACUAUUGUCUAAUACAUUUGAAUACAGAUUUUUCUUUUUAAACAGACAUUCUAAUGCAACAUUUGAAUGCCUUAAUUUAUUAGACCAUGUCAUUUUUGCACUAGCAAUGCUGCAACCCUAUGUGUUUAACGCCUGCACCAGGAUUACACACAUAGUUAAAGUACCUCUCUGAGCCCCAAACAUUGCAGCUCCUGAGCCAGUGAUUAGCAGGGACUUGCAACUGCAGCUGACGAUUUCCUCAAGUACCUGCUCAGAACCAGCAUUUCUCUGUGGCUCCAGAACAUGAUUUUAACUAUGUGUUUAACUACAAUGCAGGGGUUUAACAUAUAGAGCUGCAGUGUUGAUAAUGUAGAAAUUGCGUGCUAUAUUUAAUUAGAACAGGCAGUUUUGUACUGCAAUGUCCCUUUAUAGGGGCAUAAAACUUAAAAAUACUCUGUGUUCUACUUAAAAGAGGAUGUUUCAAAAAUGUAUUACAAUGCUUUGUUUUUUUUAAAAAUGGGAAGUUUCUGUAGAACACCAUUUUAUUUUCUGUGGCAGUUCUUCCUUGUCUAUCUCAGGCCUCAGUUUCACCUUAAACUUUUCUUUCAUUAUUCAGAUAGAACAAACAAUUUUAAACAACUUUCCAAUUUACUUCUAUUAUCAAAUUUGCUUCAUUCUCUUGGUAUCCUUUUUUGAAGGGGCAGCAAUACACUUGUUAUGACAAGAGGUAUAUACUAUAAGCAGCUAGCUCCCAGUAAUACAUUUAUGCACCUGAGCCUACCUAGGUAGGCUUUUCAUCAAAGGAUAUCAUGAGAACAAAGAAAAUUAGAUAAUAAAAGUAAAUUGAAAAGUAGUUUAAAACUGUAUGCUCUACCUGAAUCAUGAAAGUUUUAUUUUGACUUUAGUGUCUCUAAACAACUUUAAAGGGCUGGUGUACUGUAACAUUUUCUCCCUUUAACUUGUUGCAAUUAUCAAUUUUACCUGCUGGAGUAUAUUAUUAUUAUUUUCAAAUAGCUACACUGUCCCUUUAACCCUUUUAACCCCAUGUGCCUAAAUGAUAUAGCUCUACGUCAUGUGGUACAUAGCCCAUCGUACCGCAUAACAGAUUUACAUUGUAGCUUCAGGAAGCUCUAGCAGUCUCGGUUGUCAAGUGACAGCCAAUGAGCUGCUGCUCCUCAGCUGCAGGAAAUCUGUCUUCAUAUGGUAACAGAGCAGGAUCCAUCACCAUAUGAAGGCAGAUUACCAGAUCGUUACAGACAGAGACAGUAGACAGAGAUGAGAGCUGAUAUAAAGAAUGGACACAGCACAAGAAAAUGGAGUUUGAUGCUCAGGUGUCAGUUUUAGGGUUGCCAAACCUUCCUUAUUUCCAGGUAUCUCCCUUAUUUGUACAAACAUUUUACAGUCUUCCAGGCUCCCUUAUUUAUCUACUCUUAGAACAUUUUUCUUCCUUACUUUUUACAUAUAACAUCUUCAUUUCAAACAUUUAACAUUGUACUCUUAGUUAAUCAUUUUGAUGUAUCUGACAGUUUAAUGUCUUUACUACCACUGAGAGAUACAGUAGAAUUCACGGAUUCGCAGAAAGUUGUUAAAUGUAUUAAAGUGAAUGUAAACGUUAAUUAAUUAAAGGCCAGUAUCAAAUAAUAAUCUUAAAAACAGGGGCACUUUAAUUCAUUAAAGUUUACAAAGACGCAUUAUUUUUUAAAAUACUUACUGCUGCAUUAUGGUAAACAUAACGCCGAACCUUAGCCCGCAGUUCCUGCUUUCUUUAGCAGAUCGAUGACAAAUCUGGCUUCCUCCAAUCGUUGUGUGUCCCUUUUGGCGUCCAGCUUGUGCGGCAUGCAAUAAUUGGAGGAAGCCGGUUUUGUCAUCGAUAUGAAUUAAAAUGCCCCUGUUUUUAAGAUUAUUUGAUACUGGGCUUUAAUUCAUUAAAGUUUACAAUCACUUUAAGUUAGACUGUGUGAAUGAAGAUGAUUUGUAUGAAGAAGUUUGUUGUACCAAACUGUAUUACAUUGUUAAAUAAAGUGUUUUUUUCAGUAA